AUGGCGUCUGCUGCCUUUUCCUCGUCUCCGCGCUCCGUCCAGUGGCGGUUCAAAGGGAGCAGCACGCCGUACUCGCCGGUGUCUCUCCCUCUCCCCGUGUUUUGCGGCGAGAUUCGCGCCUACCUGAAGGCACAGACGGGACUGGAAGCAACGCCGCAGUUGGAUGCUCUUCUCUUCCUCGAGUCCGACCCGUCGACUCCGCUCUCCGACCUCCUCCCGUUACGGCAGCCGUGUUCACUUCUCCUCCAGCGCACGAGCGCUGCCGAGGCGAAGGCAGCCCUCGAGGUCGCCGACCGUGCCUUUCACCAGCAAAAAAGGGCGGAUCCCGGGGCACGUGAGAGCGCGGCUUCUGCUGGAGCUUCGCGGAAUGAUGUCUCUGCGGAGCGGGGAUCAAGACAAACGCCUCCUCUCGCUGAGAGAUCCGCCGCCGGUGCCGGCCGAAGCGAGAGAGUGCCCGCAGCGUACGACCUAGGAGGGGAUCCUCUCUCCACUUCUGGCGAGCUUUCGGCGCCAACAGGCAGACUGCCUUCCUCUGCCGCGGACCCUUCUGUCGAGCGGCGAAACGCGGAUUCAGCAAACAACGAUGAGGAAGAUGAGGCCGCGCUCCUGCACGCCGUCAUUGAACAGCAUGCAGAACACCGCGGCCCGCAGGCGAGCUCCAGUCAGGCGACAAGCAGUGCAUUCGGCUCUUCGGACGGGUCUCGCUUCUCCGCUGGGUUCUACUCAGGCGCGGCAGGGCUCGGGCGAGGACGGGGCUGGGGAUUCGGCGCAGGCCGGGGUUUCCAGGCGCCUUCUCUGGGACACGGAUCAGCUGCUGGUCCAGGCGCUCCGGCGCCUGGCUACGCUGUUGGACGAGGCAGUGUAGGUGCCGGCCUGCCAGGGGGCGGCGGCUACGUCCCCGUCGGCGAAGACUACAUUUGCCACAUGUGUGGCGAGCGCGGACACCACAUCCGCAAUUGCACGCGGUCAAACGACCCCCGUCACCAGAAGAAAAUCCGUCCCGCGACGGGCAUCCCGAGCAGCUUUCUUCGGGACAUCAGCGUCGAGGAGAUUCCACGCUAUGCGGAGGUCUACAUCAGAAAAGCCUCUCCGGCGCACGGCGGGCAGAGGGGGGGAUCGCGGACGCUUCCAGACGCCAACCGCAGCAGCGCAGUCGACGGUGAUGGAUCUUUUGCAGUGAUGAAGAACGCGAAGCAACUUUCCUCUCUGUCGUAUUUCUCCUCGGACUUGGACACAAAGAUUGAGCGUCACGUCGGCAGUAGUGACGUCGCGGCGCAUCUGAAGUGUCCUCUCUGUGGGCUGCUCUUCUCCCAGCCUGUGGCGACUCCGUGCUGUGGAGAGACUUUUUGUCGGGGGUGUCUGCUGCGGGCCUUGCACCCAAGCCGCGGAACGGCUGGCCUUUUUGCAGGCAGCUCGGGUUUGCCUGGGGACAGCGGACUGCCGAAGAAAUUAGGGGGCGGCUGUCCAUCGUGCGGUCAGGCGAUUGAUCUGCGCGACGUUCUGUGCAACACAGCUCUUCAAAAGAGCGUAGAUGCCAUUGUGCGUUCAACGUCUUCUUUCAAGGAACCAGGAGACACAGAGUCAACCCGUCCCGCGUUCCCUGCUGCCGUGUCGACUGUGCCUGGUGUCUCCGGGCGGGGCGUCGCUGCGUCGAGUGGUGGGAGUGUACAACGAACAGCUGGCGUGAGUACGGGCGAUGUGUCUAGCGGUGUCAGAAGUGGCGAUGUUGCUGAGAAAGGGGAAAAGAAGGACCCGGCGACUUGUGAAUUCCUCACGGACCGGGGGGAUGGGCAGCGGCUCACUCCGUCUGCGCUGACAAAAACUGGUGCGAGCGUGGAAACAAAGGAGGAAAACAAGGAAAACGGCUCCAGUGACGUGAAAGGAGACGGAUCAGGAGGGGCGUGUUGCCCCUCGGGGGAAGCAUGCAGUGUUAAGACAGAGCUCGUAGAGAGAGAGGUUUGUCCUCGCGAUGGUGUCGCUCUGAAGGAUACUGUGGGGACGCAGGCGGCGUCUGGUGAGCCCGAUCCGUUGAAAAAUACUGCCCUGGGAGCGACUCUGCUACAGAUUGCAGCCGCUUCCACGACACCGGCCGACGACUCCAUGAACCGCGAGAACGUGCCUGGGGACCACGGCAACGGAACACAGGGUCAAGGCAGCGUGGGUUGUAGCGAGGUGACCACAGGGGGACCAGCUACAGAGGCACUGACGGGACUGCCGCCUGGCGUAGACUUGCAGGAACUGGAAGAGUGA